CAUCUCUCCUGGCGAUCAACCAAUCCAUCAAUUUACCUUCCACAUUCAAAGAAGGCCACGAAAACAAGGAACUUUGGCAACUUUUUGUUUCCUUUCUAUAUCGCGGGACACGAACAAACCUUCAAUUCCCAAUCAAACAACACGAAGUUUGUGCCUGACCGACACACCGCGGCUAACUGCAAAAUACCCUUACCCGCAACAACCACCUGAAGGAAGCUUCCCACCGCCCGAUCUCGCGAUCCGAUCAAGGGGUGCUUGCUGGUCGUAGCACCUCGUCACCGACAGAACCAAACCUACCUCGCUUUGACUUUCCAACAGCACACGAUAAACCUAGACAUCAGAUAUCUAAUUACACCAACCGAACGUAACCCAUCCACAAGAACACCCGUUACACAAUAGGAAAUCCGAAACAACAAACAACAUCCCGACCAACAAAGGCAACAACAACAACAACAACCAAGAUGUCCUCCUGGUACUCCAACCUCUCCAACAACAUCACCAAGCUCCAACGCACCUACUUCUCGGGCGAAGCCGACGGCGACACCGAAGACGACACCCACGUCUGCCGCGUCCUGCGCGCCUACUAUAUCGAAAAGGGUCAACACUUUCCUUCCUGGCUACCUCCCGACCCCAAGGCUCCUCCUCCUGUCCAACAACAACAACAGCAGCAGCAAGGACAACAACAGAGAUAUAACGGUUAUGGCGGUCAGGGUCAACAACAGUUAAGCAGUCUAUGGGACAAUAACAACGGUGGCGGCCGGGGAGGAGGAGGAGGAGGAGGAGGAGCAGGAGCGCAACAAGGAAGUGCGGCGCAAAGUCGAAACCCUUUCGCCCGCGGCGCCGCUUCCUCAGCUGCUUCGUCACCUGUCAACGCCGCCCCCGGCCAUGGUGGUGGGUAUCAAGCAGGAGGACAGCAUCAAGGAGGAGGAGGGGCGCCGCCGCAGAGUCUAAGAGCCGGCAGCACCAGCAGCAAUGGGGGGUACGGCCAUCAACAAUCGGGGCCCUACGGCUCCGCAGCAGGAGGCGGAGCAGCUAGCAGCGUGGCGUCAAUGCCUGCGCAGCACAGUGGGAGCAGUGGGAUUAGUGCGCAGGACAAAUUGAAGCAGAGGCUUUGGGGCGGGUCGAGGACAACUAGUCCUGGAAACUCGAGUGGGACUGGGCCGUUUGCGCCGCCUGCUGCUGCUUCCCAGCAGAGGGCAGGUGGACCUAGACUGCCGCCAGGAGGAGGGAGGAUGGGGUUGCCUAGUAACCCUAGGAUGCGAUAG